AAAUUAUGGGGAGGUAAUCUUGUAAGAGUGCUUUAUUCCCAGUAGAAUGCUUAUUCGUUUUCCCUUUUCACCUUUGUUUACAUUUGGUCUAGUCAGGGUACUUUUAGGUUAUUACCUUUUGGCAUCGCUUAACUAAUUGUUGUACUGCCAAUAGUUACGUUGAUAAGUCUAAACCGCAGUGUUUGGAGUUAAUUUAAGCAAACAACAAUUUUUUAAAAAAAUGUUAAUUUUUUUAAAAUAUAAAAAAGUAGGUCUGGGUGACAAUUCCUUUAUAAAAGGGAGAGACAUUGUCACAUAAUAGCUUGAUUCCUAUACGCCAUGAUUUAUAGGAAAUGACAGCUAUUCAGAAUAGGUUUUAAAUGUUCAAAUUGCGACUUCGAAUUUUUUUUUUUUUUUUAAACAAACCUCUUUUUCGCAAACAAGGUGAAAUGGUUAGAGUUAAUGUCUAAUUCAGGAAUUUCUCGGAAGCGGCGCGAGAGGUGUUUGGCUCGUUUGUUGAUUGACGUCGCCGUCACCUGUGCUAAAAGGGGCGGGGCUACAGGGUUCUCAUUGGCGCGGUGUAAUUUCUCCUCUCACUCGCCCACGAACUCAGCGCGCAGCGCGAAGCGAAACGACCGGAGACGUUUCUGUGCCAAAUUGUCGGGUCGUGCAGAGUAAAAUGGGAUAUUACGUCUCACAACUUUUUCACUAAGAGGAAUUCCAGACGGAUCUAUGGCAUGGCUGUCGACGCUGCAUCCAGCUUUAGUUUCUGUCGUCCUGCGGUGGAGUACAAGGCACUUCCAGAGGACUUUAAGUACCAGCUGAGCCGCUGCACCGGUGGCAAUCUUACCUGGCAUGAGUGUCGUGGGAACAAAACAGCAGGUGGUCGUACUGUCAAACUUCUACAGCAACCAGGAACUGAGUCCUUGCAGCUUCACACAGGGGAUGCAUACUCUGUUUACCACACUAGUCCCACCCUGCCAAGUCUGUCUAGGCCAGUGGUUCUAUGGUCCCAACAGGAUGUGUGUCGGUGGUUAAAGAAACACUGUCCUCACAACUACCUGACCUACGUGGAGGCUUUUUCCCACCAUGCCAUUACAGGCAGAGCUUUGUUGAGACUGAAUGGCGAGAAGUUGGAGAGGAUGGGUCUGGUACAGGAAACCCUCAGGCAGGAGCUUCUUCAGCAGGUCCUGCAAUUGCAAGUCCAGGAGGAGAGACGCAACCUCCAGCUGCUCAGCAGAGGGACUUUUGGGAACCUGUCAUAGCUACAGCCAUGCGUGGGCAGCUCUGCCAGACUCUGUAUGCUGUGGGAGGGCAUCGAGGCAUGGGGCCACAGGCUGUGUGUGUCUGCAAGAAGAGACCUCUGUCUUGGACUGCCACAGGCUACUGAGGCUUUGUCAGAGCUUUCAGAAUAACCAGCUGAACCUUCCUGUCCAUCUGAGAUUCCAGAAGAGCACAGACCGAAUCUGCGGCAACAAGGAGAAUAAAGAAUCUAACCUGAAUCUCCCCUCUGAGAGUAGUGCCCUACUCUAAAAUGUAGUGUCUCUGCGAGCACAUGGCUCCAGAACUUUAACCAAGAAUGCUGGGAAAUGCAUGUUUUGCUGGUGAUCUUAAGCUGUUUUCUUCUGAGGAAGUAUUUUUCAUUUUCAUAACAGGUGAUUUUUUUUCUUCCACAAAGACUAUAUGGGUGAUAUUCCACUGCACAAUAACUCACUGUAAUAAUCUUGCAAGAGACAAAUGUCAGCUACACGACAGAUGGAAUCAGCUACAGUGUAAUUACACAAAAAUUAAGAAAGCAGCAAGCCUUGACAUGCCUUUCAAAGGUACUAUAUCUAAC